UUUCUUUUUUGAAUCCGUUUUUGUUUAGAGAUUGAUUUUCAUUUGUUUGUUUUUUUUUAUUCUUAUCUUUUAUCAUUUUGAUGUGGUUUUUUUUUCGUAUUAAUUAAGUAAUUAUGAAGUUAAGAAAACGAGAAAGAAACGUCAAUCCAGCUUCAUCCACAGUCAAUUGUUCAUCAAUUGGUCCAUCGUGUUCAUCUUCAUCUUCAUCAUCAACAGCUUCAACCUCUCUUACUGGUAACACUUGCAACCGGGCGGGAAAAAGGGUAACUGCCAUUCGUGGUAGAUCAAAGGCCGUGAAGAAAAUUUUAAAAGAGAAAAAUGUUCCUACUCAGGUUGAUAAAGUUACUGAUAAAUCGAUUGAUAUUGAUAAGAUGGCCGAUGUUUUCCAAAAAUGUCAACAUCUACAGUAUCAUGAUGAGUGUAUAAAAAAAUUGCGGGAAUUGUAUCAUUCUACCAGUCAUGAGGAUUUUUGUGAAAAGUUUAGACAUUUCUUGCGAAUUAUCUUGCGAAGUGAUGCUAAGAGUCCUUUUACCAAAAAUUGUCUUGUAUUUAUACCAAAAUUGAUCAACACCUUGGACAAUGAAAAAAGAGGAAUUGAACUUAAAGAGGAUGAAACUAUGGAUGAACUUGCAGAAUCUAUUUUCGGUGAAGAAAUUUUCACCGAAGCUCAUUCGAGUAAAGCUUGUGUUCUAGAUUACACCAUGUCCGAGAUUCUUAUGAAGGAAAUAUUUUGUAACGAUACAACUGUCCGAAAAAAUGUCUGUCUUUUAGUUAGUAGACUUCUUCGUAGUACCAAGGAUAUUGAUGACAAGAUUUACAAGGAAUUACAAGAUGCAUUACUUAGUCUUGCUGGUGAUCGAAAUUAUCUUGUUCGAGCUCUGGCCGCUUUCACAUUGAUACUAUUUCAAGAUGCAAGUAAACCCGAUUGUCCUGUUGUGAAUGCAUUCAAAUUCCAUAUCGGAAUGGAUCCCGCUUUUCAAGUUAGAAUUGCUUCUCUCAAAUCGGUCCUAGUAACUCCUGAGACUCUUCAUUUCAUUAAAAAGAUUCGAGAUGUUAAAGCUGUAGUAAGGAAAACAGCCUUCACCAAGAUCGCCGAACAUGUACCAUUGAAACUUCUCUCUACCGAACAACGACUUCUAAUUCUUAAAGAAGGUCUAAACGAUAGACAUCCAAAUGUUCGUAAAGUGGUGGAAGAUAAUGUACUUACAUCUUGGCUUAAAAAUUGUGACGGUGAUUUGGUUAAACUUAUGACCGAAAUAGAUGUGAAAAAUGAACCUAAAUUGACCAAAAAAGUUUUGGAUAUAUUUUUCGGUCAUUUUAUCGAAACAAGUGAUGAGCAAUUUGGAACAAGAUUCCAUAGUGUUGCUCAUAAUUUCCGUGAAUCUUAUCUUGAUGACGAAAAACUACUCAAAGAAGAGCAUCAAACACCGGAAAAAGUUUUCACUUGGCAGUGUUUAAAUACUUUCAUUAAGAAAAAUGAAGAUGAAUUUAUAAGACGAGCAGAUAAAAAUUUCGCAUCAAAACCAAUUGAUCAGCAUAACAAUUCAACUCUAACAGGCAACACUAAAUUAGAUGAAGCAGAAACUGCAGUCGACGAUUGGGCUGAUAGAACAUUAAAUGAAGACUCUAAUCAAGCCAAAGAUGAUUCUCACAUCGCUGAUUACCUAUUCCCAGAACUACCACAUAUUUGUCAAUAUUUACAAAAGUUUGUCGAUUCUAUUGAUUCUUCCGAUAAAUCAACUGAUGAAGAACUUAUUGACAAAGAAUUUGUUUACAAUCAGUUGGUUUCGAUUCUUCUUUUGUACGAUGUUUGUGACGAAGCUCAACAAAAUUACAUCUUAGAUAUGAUUCGUACAAUAAUCUUUUCACCAAACCUUCAUCUUGAUUUUCGUGAUAGUAUUUCACCUAUCAUGAAGUUUAUUGCUCGUCGAAUUUUCAAAGAUCCAAAUCAUCUUAUCGAAUUCACCGCAGAAUGUACCAGUAAGGUUUACAAUAUUGCCGCAGAAAUAAGUGUUGAAGAAACUAUCAUGAAAUCUAAAACUCCCGAACCAAGUGGCUCAGUUGAACCAACAUUCGAUGCCGAUUAUGCUCGUCUCACAAUGGAAAUAGAGGAAUACAGAGAUCAACUUGAUAAAGCAAUCGCUGAACAAGAUUUCAUGACAGCUCAAAAUAUGAAAAAUAAAUUGGAUGAAUUGGCCAACCAACGUGAAAGAUAUCAAAAUAUUCGAUUACAACAGAAAUCAACUCAAUCACAACAAAUUCCACCAAGUCAAGUUCCACCGACAGAACCAUUUAACCUAAAUGAUCACCCGGAAACAUUACUUAAAUGUUUACAAAUAUUUGUUGGAGCUUUGGAACAUGGUAAAUUUGAAACAGCGAAUACUCUAAUUUUCAGUCAUAUCGAUCAAAUUGUUCUACCAAGUGUAUUAAAUAUAGAUGGACGUACUCGAACAAUCGCUGUUAAAGCACUUGGACUUUCAUGUCUUCUAAGUGACUCUUUAUUCCGUCAACACUGUAAUCUUAUCUUACAAGUUCUUAAAUACGACUCUGAGAUUAUGACUCGAGUGAUCGCCUUACAUAGUAUCUUUGAUUGUAUCUGUAAACAUGGAAUUGAACCUUUACUUAGAAAGACGAAAACAACUACCGAAGAGAGAAGAUCAUCAAGAAUGAGAAUCGAGGAGGAUAUCGCCAAUCUUACUCUUCAAGGUGGUGAUCCUGAACUACUCGAACUAUCACAAAUGGGAAGUAUCGGUGAUGCAGAAACUCAAGCUGAGAUUCAUCGUUCAAUGAUGGAAGAAGACGAUGAAAAUGAUGAGGAAGAUGAGGAAACUGAUGCUGAGACAACGAUAAUGGAUCGAGAGAGAAGUCGUCGUUUUGAAACUUUAAAUAGUAACUCUGAACAAGAGAUGAUCAAUUCAUUGGUUAAACUUUUCACUGAGACUCUUUUCAAUAAUGGAGUUGAUGAAAUGGAAACAGCAGCAUUUGAAGGUUUCGCCAAAUUAAUGAUCCUCGGUGUUAUCUAUUCUCCAUCGUUACUUUCUCGAUUCAUAAUUACUUGGUAUUUACCCGAGACAAAGCCCAGAAUUUUACAAUUUCUUGGUGUUUUCUUACCAAUUUAUGUUGGCUCUGAAAGCAAAUAUGUUCGGGAAGAUGAUCACAUCACAGUGACUGGUCAAACUUGUCUAGUUGAUUGUUUUAUCGACACUUUGGAAGUGCUUUUCGAAGCCAAAUAUUGCCUGGAUAAAGAUCCUAAAGAUUUACGGUUAUUCCAAUAUUUACCAAAACUUGAUAAAAAUUGUCAAUAUCGACAAAUUGAUUUGAAAAAUGUAACCAGUUUCAUGCUUAAUUUGAUCAAACCAAGUCACCAUAAGCAUCUACUUAGUAAUCUGAUUCACAAAAUGUAUUCUAUUGUGAUCAGUAAUGAUCAAGAAUUUAAAUUUUAUGAAGAUUUUCUGAUUGAAUAUCUUCUCAAGGCUUGUCUACGCUUAUCCCUGGAUGAUAUUGAUGAUACAGUUUUCAACGAAUUACGUCCAGUUAUGAUUAAGUUAGCUGUUAAAGUUAAAUCUCGAAUGGAGGGAAUGAGAGCUUUAAGCCGAAAGAAGGCCGAAAAGUUUAUUCGAUCUUUCCUAAUGUUUUAUAAAUCAUUUGGUCGAGGUGAACUCAAUGCAUCCCUUUCACAUGCUUCAGGUGAAUUGGGUGAUGAUACCGAAGGAACUGGUGAAUUGGAUGAACUUGAACAAAUGGAAGAAGAUUUGAAUCUUGAUCCAUUAGGAUCAAUGCCAGAAUUAAGUGAUGAUGAUUCAAAGGAAACCGAUGGAAAAGAUAAAGGUGAUGAUGAAGAUGAAGAAGAAAAUGGAGGUGAUGAUGAUGAAAUCGCUGAUGGAAUUGAUUCACUUUCAGAUGUAUCUGAAACUCUCCGAUGGUCAGACAUUGAAGAAAAUGAAACCUAAUCAAUUGAUACACUUUCCACUUUUUAUUUGCAAAUCAUGACAAUUUACCAUCAUCAACAUCAUUUAAUCAAUUACAAUUUACCAUCAAGAAUAAUGAUCUAGUUAUCAAUUAUAUUAUCAUUAUCAAAACUGUUAAAACUUUUCAUUCAUUAUCAAACUAUUAUUUCCCUCCCUCAUGCUUACAUCAUAUUAUUUUCAAUCAAGUUGUCUAUAUUUUUAGAAGUCCAUUGUAACUAUUCAUCAAACAAUCAGUUAAUUGUAUAACCUGAUCAUCUUAGUAUCAAUUGCGAUUAAAUUGUAUCAAAGUGUCGCCAUCUUGAA